GGUGCCCGCCCGGCUGCCUCGGCAACCGCCGGGGCGGCCGCGCCGAGCGGGAGGCGGGGCGGCCCGGGGCGGCCGCGCCCCUCCCCGCGUGACCGGCUCCCGACGGCUCCUCCUGCGGUCAUGGCCGCCAGGCUCGUCCCCGCCGUCAAGUUUGUCAUCAAAGGAAGCCUGGCUGGAGCUGCUGUAUAUGUGGCAUAUGAUCAGGGGCUGCUGGGCAGUGGCACACAAGGUGCUGAAGCCCUCAAAAAAGCUCGAGCAGCACUGCCUCCAGCUAUCCAAGAGUGGACAAGUUACAUAGGCUGGGAGCUCCCACCCACUCCAAAAUUUGACUUUUCCCCCUCUGAUUCCUGGAAUAAAGGAGUGCAGACAGUCAUGUCUGCCUUGUCUGUAGCUCCCACCAGGGCCUGUGAAUACACUGUGGAAGGCUGGAAGUAUGUGAAGGAUCUUGUCAAAUGAACACGUUCUCCAGGGUUCAUGAUCCUCUCCAUCCCAUGUCGUCUUUGGGAUGAUCCCUCUGAAGGGCAGAUGAGCCAUGCAAGGGCCACAAUAAAAGACUUUGGAACUUC